GGGGGCGGAGGCACAUGAGCAACUGCCUCGAGUUCCAGUCCCUAAAAUAUUGCCUCCACUCUCUGUAAACCUUUAAAUGCUCUCCUUCACGACCCGCCAUCUUACUCGCCUCUCUGAAAAGCCACCCGAACCGUUCCGUGCAAUGCCACCGCCAAAACCCCCGGCGCCACCGCUCUGAACACUCCUCCUCUUUUCUCUCUCGCACUCUCUCUCUCUCUCUCUCUCUCUCUCUCUCUCUCUGCUCUGAUCUGCUUCAAUGGCGCUUCACAAAACCGCGAACUCGACGCGCGAUCUAAAGCAGCGCGUCAUCGCAUGCCUGAACAAGCUCUCCGACCGCGACACCCUCGCCGGAGCCGCCGCCGAGCUUGAGUCAAUUGCGCGGACUCUGACAAGCGACUCCUUCGCUCCGUUCCUAUCCUGCAUCAACGCCACCGACUCCUCCGAGAAGUCGCCUGUUCGGAGGCAAUGCGUUCGCCUCUUGGCCUUCCUGUCCCACACUCACGGCGACGCUAUGUCUCCUUUCCUCUCCAAGAUGCUGGCCGCCGUCGCCCGCCGCCUCCGGGACACCGACACAGCCGUACGAUCCGCCUGCGUCGAUGCCGUCUCUGCCAUGUCGUCGCAGAUCACGAAGCCGCCGUUCUCCGCGUUCCUGAAGCCGUUGUCCGAAGCUGUUAUGCUCGAACAGGACUACAACUCGCAGAUCGGAUCGGCGAUGUGCCUCGCUGCGGCCAUUGAGGCUUCGCCGGACCCGGAGCCGGCGCAGCUGUCGAAGAUUUUUCCGAGAUUGUUGAAAUUAGCGAAGAGUGAGUGCUUCAAGGCCAAGCCGGCACUGCUGUCGUUAAUCGGUAGCAUAGUCGGUGCGGGCGGUGCGGCGAGUCGAAAUGUAGUGGAUGGCUUGAUCCCUUGUUUGGUUGAGUAUUUGAGUAGUGAGGACUGGGCGGCGAGGAAGGCUGCGGCGGAAGCACUAGGGCGGGUGGCAGCGUUGGAGAGGGAUCUGGUACUGGAGUUGAGGUCCACUUGUUUGGCUUCUUUGGAGAGUCGGAGAUUCGAUAAGGUUAAAGUUGUUCGGGAGACUAUGAACCGUACCUUGGAGCUAUGGAAGGAGGUUCCCGGUGUUUCUGACGAUGUCUUACUCCCAUCUCAAACUAAAUCUUCUUCAAAAGAUAAUGGUAGUGGAGGUGAUGGAUGCACCCCUCCAGUGUCAAAAAAUUCUGAUGAUGUUGGUUGGGUUACCCCUGAACAGGAGAAAGCAAUCCCUACAAAAAAGUCACCAUCAGAUAAUUCAUCAGUUACUCCCGCUGCCAGGAGUCCUCUGAAAAGUAACGAGAGGAAAAUAAGCACAUCCUUGUUCCAUAGUAUGGACCAGAACAGAUCCUCUGAUUGUAAAAUUGAAGUUGCUAUGCCCCAUUCUCCCUGUGAAGAUGACAGUAAAAGAAGUUUUGGAGUUAUGGAACCAGCUGAGAGUAGAAGUAGGAAUUUAAGGCCAGAGGUGAGACGUGCUCUCUUUAACAAGAUCCCUGGUGAAAGAGGGCAUAAAUUUGGCGGGUUGAGGUCUGGUUCUCGCGUGGUUCCAUUUUAUGAUAAUGAUAACUCUGAUUUGGUUAUUCUCGAUUGCAAUUGCACUGAAGAAAUGUAUGGGAACGAAAAAGAUAUUGAAGAUUUGUCUUUGAUCCGCAAGCAGCUUGUUCAGAUUGAGAACCAGCAAUCGAGCCUGUUAGAUCUCCUCCAGAGGUUCAUUGGUAGCUCCCAGAGUGGGAUAAGUUCUCUGGAGACACGUGUACAUGGCCUUGAGAUGGCAUUGGAUGAAAUAUCUUAUGAUUUGGCCAUCUCAACUGGAAGGAUUUCAAACACUGACUCUGCUGGGAACACAUGUUGCAAAUUGCCUGGUGCUGAAUUCCUAAGUUCCAAGUUCUGGAGAAGAACUGAAGUGCGACAUUCUUCCUCGAGGCUUUCUUCUGGGGGCAUCCAAUCACUGACUGCCAUGCGUGACCUUCAUAAAGAUGCUAGUACUGAAACAUCAAAAAUGGGUGACCGAAUGUUUCAGUGCCAAAAUGCAGAUGGGUUUGCUGCAAACCAAUUGGCUGAUAUUUGUAGCAACUCAAGGGGGCAUAUGGAGUUGAAUUCAAAUAGAACUGCAAAGAACACGAUUCACGAUAAUGAGAAGAUACAUGUUCGGUGUGGUGGCGUCCUAGGUGGGGCUUCACGUGUUAACAGCACAGGAACUGUGAAUAUAAAUCGCAGGUCAUCUGCUUAGCUUUGAAUGGAGGUUAAGGUACAUUUCAGUGCAGCCAAUUUAGCUGACAGACGCAUUUGGUCAUCAUACCUCGAAGAAGACAGGAGAUAGAAGCUAUUUAAUCUGAUGGGUAAGAUGAAGUCAGCUAUGGAGGUGUGCGUAGAUCCAAAUUUUCUGAUAUGGAUUCUUAUUUACAGGAAUCCAGGUUAACUGCAUUUAGUUGGCUAAAAAUGCAAUUGCAGAGCAAGUAAUUCCUCACAUGAUCUUGUUUUGGUAUUAGCGGACCCAAUGAGGUAGAAGAGUUGAAAUUUGUAUAGAGAAAAGUUCUUGUGCCUUUUCUCGGCGUUUUUUCUAUGUAGUUUUUAAUAAACUGGGUCACAGCCUUUCUUGUGCUCACAAAUACCUUCUGUUUAGGCUUAUUGUAAAUAAAAAUCCAUGUUGCAGAGUUCA